CCUCGAUUCGUGUUAUUAUUUAUCGCAAUAACGGUGUUCUUGGAGGCACGUAUGAGCAGAUAAGUGCGAAGUUCAGUGGCAGAGAGACCUGCUCUGUUCUUUCCUUCCACGAUGACGGAACACGAGCAGAACGCGAUGUUCGUCCGGGUGGCGUCGGCGUUCUUUUACGGCCUGUCGUCGUUCAUGAUAACGGUCGUCAACAAAACCAUCCUCACGUCGUACGCCUUCCCGUCCUUCCAAGUGCUGGGGAUCGGCCAGAUGCUCGCGACGAUCCUGGUCCUAUUCUUCGCCAGGAGGCUGCGCUAUGUCGAGUACCCCAAUCUGGAGGUGACGACCUUCACCAAGAUAUGGCCGUUGCCGCUGAUAUACAUCGGCAACAUGAUAUUCGGCCUGGGUGGCACCAAGCAGCUAAGCCUACCGAUGUUCACCGCCCUGAGGCGAUUCAGUAUCCUCAUGACGAUGAUCGCCGAGUACUACAUCCUCGGUAUCAAGGCGCGUCUGUCCAUACAGCUGAGUGUUUAUACCAUGAUCCUAGGCGCAGUGGUAGCCGCACUCAACGAUCUUGCCUUCAAUCUCGAAGGCUAUGUCUUUAUCCUAUUGAACGAUUUUUUCACCGCCGCUAAUGGUGUAUAUAUGAAGAAGAAGCUAGAUUCUAAGGAAUUAGGAAAGUACGGACUGAUGUAUUAUAAUUCUUUGUUUAUGCUCGGCCCAACGGUCCUGAUGGCCUGGUGGAUGGGCGACAUAGAUCUGGCAUUAGAGUUUCCCAAUUGGACAAAUCCGCUGUUUAUUCUGCAAUUUGUAUUGUCGUGCAUAAUGGGUUUUAUCCUGUCGUACAGUACGCUCCUCUGUACACUGUAUAACUCCGCGCUGACGACUACUAUAAUCGGAUGCCUGAAAAAUAUAUGUGUGACGUAUCUCGGCAUGGUGAUCGGCGGAGACUAUAUAUUUUCGUUGUUAAACUUUGUAGGAUUAAAUUUAAGUGUGAUAGGUAGCUUAGUAUAUACGUGGGUAACGUUUCGUAAAAGAGAGAGUCCGCCGCCAAAGUACACUUUGUUGACUGAAUCUCAGGCCAGUAAGAUACAAGCCAUAUGCCGUUUCGCGACCGCCUGCGAGGCGUUCCUGGAGGACUAUGCCAAGCACCAUGUAUCCCUAUCCCCCCUGCAACGUGUGCUUCUCACGAUGGGCUCGGCGGCUAUAUCGUUGGCGAAUCCGUCUCGAGGCGACAUGAUAGCGUGUUUGGGGGAAACUACCGGUAGAAACGCUCUCGUGUAUUGUCAUCAACAAAUGAAGAAUACGAGCGAGGGUCAACUUAUACUCGCGCAAAAGCCACGCAUAAAUACGUCCACCGUCGACCUUUCUUACCUCAAAGAUCUGCCGCCUGGGACUGUGGGCAGAACUUAUCGCAAUUUCUUGGAUGACAAUAAUGUGUCGCCCGACGAUAGACCUGCAGUGCAAUUUGUUGAUGAUAUCGAGCUGGCUUAUGUGAUGCAACGAUAUCGAGAAGUGCAUGAUAUUUUUCAUGCUAUGCUUCUAAUGCCAACGACGAUGCUAGGAGAGGUAUCAGUUAAGUGGGUAGAGGCUUUACAAAUGCAUUUGCCGAUGUGCAUAACUGGCGCAAUAUUUGGAGCUAGUCGACUACGUCCUAGACAGAGGCAAUUAUACUUAGAUCAUUAUCUCUCGUGGUCUGUAAAUACCGGAUUGAAUGCGAAGUUCUUGCUAGGGAUAUAUUUCGAGAAGCGCUGGGAACAAUCCCUCGAAGAUUUUCAUAAAGAAAUGAAUAUCGUGCGUCUUAUAUGA